AAAACAAACCGGUACUUCAUUAGCUUCCUCCUCUAUCAAUGAUGCUAAACGUGAUCGAGAAGAUCCAACUCAGCCCUGCUACCAAAUCCUCCGAUGAAGACUCAGUCAACUCCUUCAGUCUCCCUCUAACCUUCUUCGAGUUACGCUGGAUUAAAUUCCACCCUAACGAGCGAGUCAUCUUCUACAGACUCACCGAGUCAUCAUCAUCCGAGACGUUCCACUCUCGCAUCCUCCCAAAUCUCAAGCUCUCACUCUCCCACGUCCUCCGCUACUACCUACCCCUCGCCGGGCGCCUCACGUGGGCCCCACAAGAUCCAAGGCCCUCCGUCAUCGUCUCCAAGCACGACACGGUCUCUCUCACCGUCGCAGAGACCGACGCAGACUUCUCCUUUUUAACCAGCAACGAACUACGCCCCGCAACCGAGUUCCAUCCCUUGGUGCCUGAGUUAGAAGUCUCUGAUGACUCGGCAUCACUUCUUUCCGUGCAAGUCACGUUGUUCCCGAACCAAGGGUUUUGCAUAGGCAUUACAUCGCACCACUCUGUCAACGACGGUGCCACGUCAGAAAUGUUUAUUAAAUCGUGGGCUCAUAUUUGUAGGAACAUAGAGUUUCCUUUUCUUCCGGAGGAUCUAACUCCGAGUUUUGAUCGUACGGUCAUCAAUAUUUCACCUGGACUUGAGUCAAAGAUGAUUGACUUUUUGUCAUAUCUCUCCAAGGACGGUGACAACUUCAAAUCCUUGAAGCCACCUCCCCUAAACGAUAUAUGCCCCGACGUUGUCCGUGUCACUCUUGAGUUAACUUCGGAGAACGUAGAAAAGCUCCGGGAACGAGUCAAGAAAAAAUUAGCUCGCUCCCCUCUCGAGCUUCACUUGUCAACCUUUGUCAUUGCGUAUGCUUACGCAUGGACAUGUGCAGUGAAAGCGCGUGGAGGCGACGCGGAUAGACCGGUACGUUUUAUUUAUACAGCGGACUUUAGGGCUCGUUUAGACCCGCCGCUUCCCGCCACGUACUUUGGGAGCUGUGUGGCUCCGUCGGGUUGGUUCCAAUACGAAGCGAGAACGUUUUUGGGAGAAGAUGGUUUUGUUAAAGCAGCCGAGAUUCUAAGUGAUUCGGUCAAAGAUUUAGGUUUGCGAGGGACAGAGUCACUCUUCGAGGACUAUCUGGAGAGCGUGAAGAAAGUUAAACUAGGUGAGCAGGCGGGAAGUGUGGCAGGGUCAACCCGAUUAGGGAUAAACGGGACAGAUUUUGGAUGGGGCAAACCUGUUAAAACCGAGUUUGUGUCCAUUGACCGCAAUGAAGCAUUCUCUAUGUUGGGAAGGAGAGAUGGGGCAGGUGGUGUGGAGAUUGGAGUGUGCUUGAAAAAGAGUGAGAUGAAUACUUUUCUUUCUUUAUUUAAAGAUGGCCUAAACGAUUAGGCUUUAACAGUGAUCAUAUCACCACCUACAUUGCUUGGGAUCUAUCGUAUUAUUGUUGUAUGGAUUUUGGACGAUGGACUUUUAUGGUUCUUCUUUGGAUUAGUGUUACUACUUUUUAUUUGAGUGCACUACACAGUCUACACUAAUGGGGCACAUUUGAGUUUUCUUCUUAAGUCACUGUGGAGUUUGUGAGAGCAUGAUCAACGCAUCAGUUUUUAGUGGGGUGCUUAUUUUUUUAAUUUUCUUUUUUUUUUUAAUUUUCGUCCUAUUAAAAAAAAAUUAAAAGAAAAUGAAUCGCGGGUCGCCACGUGUUGGUGGGGCCCACGCACAGUGCAAGCAUCACACGAAAAGGGACGCUUGAUUUGGCCCCAGAAGCACCAGAUUUUGUGUUUUGUAUGGGUCCUCUCCUCUAAAAUCUCUCCUAAGACC